AUGCUACCUUGGUUGAAGAAGCAUCCUUUAAUUUCAGAUAAUUUAGUUAUCGCUAGAAGAAGGUUAGAGACUACUUUAAAUAAGUUGAAAAAGUCCAAUUUGUUUGAAUCGUAUAGUUUAAUAUUCAAUGAGUGGUUGAAUGAGGGUGUGAUCGAAAUAGUAAAUAAUCCCGAAGAGAAUAAUUGUGUGCACUAUUUGCCUCACAUGCUCGUUAUUAAGAAUAGUAGCGAAACCACGAAAAUUAGGAGAGUCUUUGAUGCAUCAUCUCAUGAACAGGGUCGUCCUUCUUUGAACCAGUGUUUAGAGGUAGGGCCUAAUCUUAUUGAACUUAUUCCUUCUGUGUUAUUACGAUUCAGACAACAAAAAAUAGGUGUUGUGUCGGAUAUUCGAAAGGCUUUUAUUCAAAUUUCUGUAAAUUCGAAGGACAGAGAUUUUUUGAGGUUUCUAUGGGUAAACAAUGGAGGAAAGGAAUUUGUAUUUCGACAUAAGAGGGUUGUUUUUGGAGUCAACUGUAGUCCAUUUCUUCUGGGUGCUACUAUAGAAUUUCAUUUAAUAAAGGCGCUGGAGAAAUAUAAUGAUAUGCCUUACUCUAAAAAUACAAUUGAAAGGCUUAUGAAUGGGUUCUACGUAGAUAAUUGUGUGACUAGUGUUACCGAUGAGAAUGAGUUGAGAAAGUUCGUAUCAGAAACAACUGCCAUCAUAGAGGAAGCUAAGAUGGAUUUGAGAGGUAAAUUCGCGAAAUAUGAAAUGAAGAGGGCACUACCGACUAAAGGGUUGACGCCUUUGCUAGAAGACGACUCAGAUUGUAAAAAUGCUGACUACCUUGAUGUGGUUUAUGUGCCAUGA